AUGAAUUUUGCACAGAAUUCAUCAGAUGUCCGUCGUAAUGAAACGCUAUGUUAUCUCAUUGGCUUUGGUAUUGGUGUUGGUUGUUGUAUUGUCUAUCGGCUUCUAACAAAUUUUUUUACGUCUGCAACAAAUAGAAGUUUAUCUACUAAUUCAAAAUGUGAUACAAAAAAAUCCUUGCCGACAGCGUCAACAACUUGUUUUUAUUUCGACCAACACAAUUUAAUAAAUACAAAACAUGAAGAUGAUGAUGAUGAUAAUAAUAUUCGUAAUAAUACUCUUAUGGAUGAAAUGACAUGGUCGGAAAUGUCUUCAUCAUUAAGUGCGCUGAAUCUUUUUCAAGAUUCUUAUCAUUCCAAUUCAUUAACUGGUGAUUCUGGCGUUGAUUGCUCUGAAAUACCUGUACGAAAUUAUCAACAAAAUCAUGAUGACAAUGAAAUAUCAUUAAGAAAAUAUGAUUCAGACACAGGAUUGCAUCAUGAUACACAAACAGCAACCGAAUCUCAUGUCAUGUCUUACAUAUCAACAGAAAAAGGUUUAGAACGUGCAUUAGAACAAACAAGUCGUUUUUAUACUGACCUUGAACAUAUUGCAACUGAUCUCGGAACAUUAACAAAACGAUAUUCGAAUUCUCAUCGAUCAAUCGAUGCAUUAGAUUGGGAUUGGAUGGAUGAUGUUCAAUCACCGCCAGUAAAUCAAUCACCUAAAUAUAAUCAACGAAAGCAAAUGACACGUUCAAAUAAUAAAAAUAAAAUUCGACGACGAAUAACGAUGCCGGUUAAUCAAACGGAAUAUCAUGAAUCCGAUCAUGAAAAACGAUCCUUUGAAUAUUCAAAUUCACCAUUACGAAAAAAACAUAGCUCAGUUUACUUUGAUUCAACAGAUAAUACGAGUGAUGAAGAACAUGCAGGAGAUGAAACAUUGCAAAUAACCUCAUAG